CGAAGGAAGAAUUCUGGGCGUUGAUGAGAGCUAGAGCGGCAACCAUGCAAGGUAGCUGGAUUGUUAUGGGAGAUAUGAAUGAUGUCUUAUCUGUAGAGGAAGUCUCUCCAACACCAAAUUGUGGAUUUUCAAGGGCUCAAGUGUUUCGAGAUAGAUUAGAUGGUUGUGGUUUAUUUUCUAAAGAGGCUUUAGGAUGUCAUUUCACAUGGACUAAGAAGAGAAAUGGUAGAAGAGUGAUGAGGGAAAGACUUGAUAGAGCUGUCCUAAACCUUAGCGCAAUGGAAGAGUUUUCUACGGCUAAGCUAAUUAAUCUCCCAAGACUUUGUAGUGAUCAUCAUCCAAUCUUGUUAAAUAUACAACCUAAUUCUGCAGUGAGGCGUCCACGAGGACCUCCACAGUUCGAAGCAGUGUGGUUAACAAGAGAGGAUUUUGGUGCAGUAUUUGAAAAUGCUUGGAAAUCACAUAAUGUAUCUUUGGCACAAGCUAUUGAAGAGACGAGUAAGGCAUGUUUUGCAUGGGGUAAGGAGAGUUUUGGAGAUAUCUUCAAACAGAAAAGAUUACUUGUAGCCAGACUAACUGAAGAACUAUUUUGGUGUCAGAAGUCUAGGGUAGAGUGGAUCAAUUUAGGGGGUAGGAAUACUUCUUUCUAUCAUACAUCUACAAUUGUUCGAAGAAACCGAAACAGGAUUGCAACCUUGAAGAUUGACGACAAUUGGGUGGAUGAUGAUAUGCAACUUCGAUCUCAUGUUCGAUCCUUUUUCCAAGAGAUCUUUGUGGCAAAGCAAACAAAUAUAAUGCCUAACUCCUAUCUCAAUUUCCAGCCGCAAAUGGAAGACAAUGCACAUGAAUCACUUUUGAAACCAGCCAGUUUGGAUGAAGUAAAGCAAGCUCUAUUUUCUAUGAAAGGGUUAAAAAGUCCUGGACCAGAUGGGUUGCAAGCCAUUUUUUUCCAAAAAUAUUGGACCACUGUAUCAGGAACUCUCCUACAUUUUGUCAAUUCAGCUCUAAUUAAUGGAUCCUUUGAGCCUUCCCUUUUGCAGGCACAUGUUGCAUUAAUCCUAAAAGGUGACGCUCCAGAUGUUAUUCAGAAAUUCAGGCCAAUCACUUUGCUUAAUGUGGCUUAUAAGGUUCUAUGUAAAGUUUUAGUGAACAGGUUAAGGCCUUAUUUACAAGAGCUCAUAGGGCCUUUUCAAAGCAGUUUUCUUGCUGGCCGUAGUAUCAUAGAUAAUAAAGUUCUCACCCAAGAGGCAGUGCAUAGCAUAAGGCAUAGGAAAGGGAAGAAAGGUGCCAUUAUUUUAAAGAUAGAUCUUCACAAAGCUUUUGAUAGUGUUAGUUGGGGUUUCCUAGAGAAAGUUCUACUAGAUUUCAAUAUUCCUCCAACACUAGUAAAGCUUAUAAUGUUUUGUGUUAAUUCUGUGAAGCUUUCUGUGUUAUGGAAUGGAGAACCACUGCCUUAUUUUGAGCCACAAAGAGGUCUAAGACAAGGAGAUCCUUUAUCUCCUUAUCUCUUCAUUAUGGUUAUGGAAAAAUUAUCCCAUAUGAUUUUAAACAGAAUACACUCAAAGACUUGGAAGCCAAUACAACUAAGCAGAGGAGGUCUUGCUCUAUCUCAUUUAUUCUUUGCUGAUGAUUUAAUGCUUUUUUGUGAAGCUUCACAUUCUCAGCUAUCAAUGGUAACAAACUGUCUGAAGGAGUUUGCAAGUUAUUCAGGUCUUGAAAUUAAUUUGGCAAAAUCAAAGCUUUUUGUUUCACCAAAUAUUCAGUCUGCGGUGGCUCGCUCCUUAAGCAUUUCAUGUGGUAUUCCACUCACGUCAAACUUGGGCACUUAUCUGGGGGUUCCAAUAAUUCAUGGUAGGAAUUCUGCAACACAAUACAAGUAUAUAAUUGAAAAAAUGCAGUUAAAAUUAGCCAGUUGGAAACAAAACACAUUAAGUUUAGUUGGAAGAAGGAUUCUAAUCCAGUCUGUAACUUCAUCUAUUCCUACAUACACUAUGCAAACUGUCUUAUUACCUCAUAGCACAUGUGAUGCAAUAGACAAAAUGCACAGGAACUUUCUUUGGGGCACAGAGACUGGGAUCUCACGGCCCCACCUUGUUAGCUGGGAGGUGGUUUGUAGAAGUAAGGAUCAAGGAGGCCUUGGAUUGCGAGCAGCAAGGGAUAACAACCGUGCAUUGGUCGCAAAACUGGGUUGGAGAGUUCUAGUAGGGGAUGAAGCCCCUUGGUGUCAAGUCAUGAGGCAAAAAUACCUCCGCACAAGUACUUUCCUUUCUACAGAAGCUAGUCCAAGGUCGUCAGUUACCUGGAGGAGCAUUAUCCACUACAAAGAUGUGUUAGAAUUUGGGUUGCAGUGGCGGAUUGGUUUGGGUGAUUCUAUAAAUUUCUGGAAGGAUUAUUGGACUUAUAGUUCACCCUUGUGUAAUUUCAUCACAGGUCCAGUCGUUAUGGAAUCAUUAACAAUGCCGGUUUCCCAUGCCAUUAAUAGCUCCAUGAUUUGGGAUAAGGAGUUUUUAGCCAACCUUUUACCGCCAGCACAAGUGAAUGAAAUUCUGUCCAUUCCAUUGUCUUCAACUGCCAGUGUUAAAGACAAAAUAGUGUGGAAAUAUUCUGAUGAUGGCUUUUUCUUUAUUAAGUCAGCUUUUCACUAGAUUUUACAACAAAAGGCACCAAUUCCACUUCAAGAUCAGAGCUGGCUAUGGGUGUGGAAGCUUAGAUGUUCUGAACGGGUUAGGAUGUUUCUAAUGGCUACUAUUGCACAAUAGAGUUUUAACUAAUGC